AUGUUCUCUGGACCAGUUCGAGGCGGCACUCGAGGAGGACAGGGUGAUUUCAAAUGGUCAGACGUAGCAGACGAUAAGGACCGAGAAAAUUAUUUGGGUCAUUCUAUCCUUGCGCCCGUCGGUCGAUGGCAAAAAAAUAAAGAUAUCACUUGGUACAAUAAGGAUGGUGGAGCGAUCGAUGAAGACGAGCGAUUGAGAGCCAAACGGGAGGAGAUACAGCGGAUCAAGGCCGCAGAAGAGGAUGCACUCAGUGCGGCACUUGGCUUCAAGCCAGCACCUCGUGAUCCCAUGUCAAGUGCCCCAGAAACAUCAUCGAAUGCCAUUCCGCUCGGCCCCGCUCGAGAGGGCGGUGGGCAGCAAGAUCGAGGUUCCGAUGGCGAGGAAGAAAUCCAAAGGAGAAAGGCGGAGAAGGCGGCACGCAAGGCCGAACGGGCCGCCAAGAGGGAACGCAAAUUAGAGGAGAAGAUGGCCAAGAAAAGCGCAUCCAAGUCGUCGAAAUAUGCUGACCCUGAAGUGCAGAGGAGUUCCCGGUCGGACCGAGCUGAUGAUCGCACACGGGAUCAACGGAUCGCGACUCACAUCAAAGGGAUCGCGACUCACAUCAUAAGGACCGCCAUCGCGACCGUUCUCCAAAUGCGUCCGGUUCGAAUCGCGAGCGGCUUUCAUCAGGCCGGCUUCCUGACCGUGGCCGACGUAGCUCAUCCUCUGAAAGUGCCCAUUCACCUCGAGAAUCCAGCUCCGCUCGGAAAUAUUCCCAUCGUCCCGACGAUCAUCGCCAUCGCGAUUCAGAUCACCAUCGGGCCUCCAAACCAAUCCCUCAUUCCACACGUCACCCACGCCCGCUAUCACCUCCCGUUCAAGAUCGACAUCAACGUUCAGUAUCUCCCAACGAACGUCGAAGAGAUCCAAGACGCCGGUCACGAUCACCACCUCGACGGACUCACCACGAUUAUUGACGCUACUGUAUCACCCUGGAAGACGUUCUCUCAGUCUAAUUCUUGUCUCAAAAAAGCACACUGUUGUUAA